AUGGAAGUUGUUGCAAGUGUGUCAAGCAUCAUAGGCUUGUGUUGCUCUCUGCAUGAAGUAUUUAGAAACAGUUGUAAACACUUGAUUACACCCAGGAGGAGGAUUCGGCAGCUGCGUAAUUUGAUGCGCCAAUUGGAUGCUCGUAAAAAGGAUGCAAUAAGAGAAGUUGUUAGUCUCAUAACUGAAAAUGGCCUGCAUAGACCAACUAUAGGGUGUUGUUGCAUUUGCUCAAGAAUCAAGCGAGGGGAACUCAUAGAGGAGAAGAUCAUUGAUAUUAAUGAACUUCUAGAAACUGUUCCACGUGAAGAGUAUUCCAUUCCUAUUCCUAUAAACAAGAGAGGUGAUGUUUUGUCUGCAACACCAAUGAUUGAAUACGAAACACAUAAACAAAUCUUUAUGAAGAUUUGGGGAUUUCUACUUGAUGAGAAUGCCAGAAGGAUUGGUGUUUGGGGGAUGGGAGGAGCAAGUAAAACAACUAUCAUGUCAGAGAUUAACAAUUGCCUAGUGAAAGGAAGUAGUCAAUUUAAUUGCACUAUUUGGGUGGAAGCGUCAAAAGAUCUAAAGAAGAUGCGACAAGAUAUUGCUGUGAAGUUGGGUUUGACUUUUCAAGAAACUGAUGACGAACGAGCAAGAGCUUCAAAACUGUUAGAAGCUUUUAAAAGGAGGAAGGCAUUUGCACUUAUACUAGAUGAUGUUUGGGAACCAUUCUCUAUUGAAGAAGUAGGAAUUCCUGUGCCAACGGUAGAGAAGGGCUGUAAAUUAGUGAUAAUAACUCGAAACCUUAUGGUGUGCAGAGUGAUGGAAAUAGACAAGGAUGUCGAAGUUAAAGUUCUUGAAGAUGAUGAAGCGUGGAAUCUCUUUAAGGACAAAGUUGGUGAGGAACGUGUGCUAUCAGAUCCAGAUUUGCAAUCAAUUGCCAUGGAAGUGGCCAAAAAAUGUGGUGGUUUGCCUCUACCUAUCAUUGCAAUUGGAUGUGCAUUGAGGAACACAACUAGUAUAAGAGAGUGGCAGAAUGCAUUAGAAGAGUUAAGAACCUCAAGUGAUGGUAUAUACAACAUUGAUGAAGCAGUAUGUUCUCAUUUGAAGUUGAGCUAUUCAAAACUAAAGGAUGAUACAAGGCAAUCUUGCUUUCUAUUUUGUGCUUUAUACCCAAAAGGUCAUCUAAUUGAUGAGAACGAAUUGAUUAAUUAUUGGGUGUGGGAAGAUUUAUUGGGUGAUGUGAACAUGUCUGCGACAAAACAAAAGGGGCAGAUGAUUAUAGAUGAAUUAAUAUCCGCUUGCUUGUCAGAAUUAAAAAUUGAGAAUGGGGUGAGAUGUGUCAAAUUGCAUGAUUUGAUAAAGAGAUAUGCUGUUACAAUCAUGAGUAAAAAUUCUAGAUGCAUUGUGAAUGCUGGCAUGGGACAAGUUAGACCACCACUGCCUCACGAAUGGAAAGAAGAUGUUCAAUGGGUAUCAUUAAUGAGAAAUGAUGUGAAAUCUAUUGACUUCAGUCCAAUGUGUCCUGGAAUCACUUCUUUGCUGCUUCAAUAUAACUCAUUUGAAAAAAAUAUAUUGGAUCACUUCUUUGACAGCAUGGAAGGGUUAAAAGUUCUUGAUCUCUCCUGCUCUGCCUAUGUCUCUUUUGAAUUUGAAGAAUCUAUGUGCCUUGAUAUUAAGCCACUGUUGGAAUCUUAUUCAAGUUCCAUCUUUAGCAAGGCUCACUAUAUCGAAAUACUUAGAUUUUUCAUUUUCUGGACGUUUAACAGAACUUCCACAAGGGAUGGAACAAUUGACCAAUUUGAGACACCUGGAUUUCUUCACAUCCGUUCAAAGCUUAGGAGCUGGGGUCGUAUCGAGAUUUAA